AUGAGCGCAAAAGUCAAUGCAACUUCUGCUCAUCCUAAUCGCAUCCACACUAACAAUCAAUCUACGCCUGCUUCUUACAAUCAGAAACACGAUAUUCAGAAACAUCUCGCUUUGAUCCAAACACUUUUAGUACAACCUACAUUUGAUUCGAAUCAAAAUGAAAAAAACACAAUUGUCGUCUCAAAAUUUAAUCAUCCACUCACUCGAUCAAGUCAUGCGCUUUAUACUCGACACUCGGCGACAGUUAAGAAUAAUUUUGUCGAGUUUAAUGCAUCUACAAUGCAAUAUACAACAGAUGCUACAUCCGCUGGAAUUCGAGUGCGAGCACGUCGUCACACAACGAUUAGAAAUGAAAAUAUGAAAUUGAAGACUCGAAUACUUAACACUCAAGCAACAAUUGAUCCCAUUGUACUUAAGCGUCAUGAAGAAAACCAUUUGGCAAUGCGAAGGAUUCGAUCUCGACAUCAAAUUAAGAAAAAAAGUAGCAGGUUUUAA